AUGAAAAGCCCCGUGGUGGUACGUAUUCCAGAUCAGCCGGGUGCAAACCAGGUUAGUGUCAACACAUCGCAGGAUUUCAUCACCAGUCAAGUUGCAGACACAAGAGUUUAUACCGUGGAUCAAGCCUUUGGUCCUGCGGCCGAUCAAACAGUGUUUUUCCGCGACGUUGGCCUGCCGCUGGUGAGUGAGUUUCUGAGGGGCUACAAUUGCACGAUAUUGGCCUACGGUCAGACUGGAUCAGGAAAAACGUACACCAUGUGUGGGGACAUCAGCGAUAAAGAACCAGGAAGAGACGCAGGGCUUGUUCCGCGCGUGCUUUGCAAAUUGUUUGAAUGCGUGGACGACGAUUAUAUAGUCAAGUGCUCGUUUGUUGAGAUUUACAACGAGGAACUGAAAGAUCUGCUUGGAGAUACCAAAAAUGCGCGUCUUCGCAUCUUUGAGCGCAAAAAUUCGUCGGGAAACGGUAUCAGGAUUGACGGUCUUGAAGAACAUCACAUUCGGAAUGCCGGAGAAGGUCUGGAGCUUUUGAAAAAGGGCUUGGAUCAUCGGCAAACCGCAGCUACCAAAAUGAAUGACUUAUCCAGUCGCUCGCACACGAUUUUCAGUAUCACGUUGAUCCAAAAGAAAACUGACUCAGAGUAUCAGUACGCCAAAAUGAACCUUGUGGAUCUGGCUGGGUCUGAGAAUAUUAGCAGGUCAGGGGCGAUAAACCAACGUGCAAAAGAAGCUGGAUCCAUUAACCAGUCGCUUCUCACAUUGGGCAGAGUUAUUAAUGCCUUAGUCGACAAAAGCACUUAUAUUCCUUACAGGGAAUCUAAGCUGACACGUUUGUUGCAGGACUCCCUUGGAGGAAAAACUAAGACAGUACUAGUUGCCAACAUCUCUCCUGCGAGCGUUGAUAUACAGGCUACCACAAGCACUUUAGAGUAUGCUACCAAGGCCAAGGAUAUUCGA